AUGCUUAUUGUGUCUUUUCAUUGUGCUUUUUAUUCUUUUUUUUUCCCCCCUCCUCUUCUCCCGCUUUGGUUGGAGCUGCCCUGCGCCGGUGGGGGGUGUGCGUGAGGGAGGGUACAGUUUGGUGAGGGGCUCUCCUCGCAGCGGGUGCCCGAGGGGGCCCGUCCCGUGUGUCCCCCCGAGCUCGCAGGUGAGCGGGGCGGACGAGGCCGCGCGUGUGUCCGCUGUGUCCCCCCCUUUCCCCGUCCGGACCCCUCCGGGACCGUGCCUCCACGGCCAUUGUUUUUCACGGGGGCUGCGGUGACAGUCCCAGCCCCGGGCUGCUGCCGGGACCGCCUUGCCCUGGCUCCCGGAGGACGGCGGAGCUCCCCAAAGCCAGAACUGAGUUUGUCUUUUUUUCAGCAGAAAAAUGAAGUUGCCCCCUCGCUUCCUUGUCAUCCCCCCAUCCGGGAGGGGCAAUCUUUCGACAAGUAUAUUUGCUGAGGAAUUUAAAAAAUUCCCUGCUGCAACUUGAUCCCUGUGUGAUGAGGAGCGGCUUGGAGAGACCCGGACUCCAAUCCUAUUAAGGACUUAGAGAGUUGAGAGUUUUUUCCCCCGGACUCGGUGGCUUUAAAACAAUCAGGGAGGAGGGGAGGGAGAUGGGCUCAUCAAGAUGCCUUUUCUGCCUCAAGUGAUUGCCAUCAUUUCCUGGGAAACCCGACUUUUCCAGCGCAGGGGCUUAGGGUGAUUUAUCGGUGGUCCUGCUGCCGGCUUUUCCGAGGGUUCCUGAGCUGGAAGAUGCCCGUCUAAGAUGGAAACUUCUGCUUCAACAGCUGCUGGGAAAAAAGAAGGGAAAGGUGCUGUUCUGGAGGGGAAUGGCUUUACAGAGACGGGGAAGAAACCCCCUCCUUUAGCAGCAGCAGGAGCAGCAGUGGCACAAGGAGUGCCGCAGCACAUUUUUCCGGCCUUCCACGCUCCUUUGCCAAUUGACAUGCGCCACCAGGAAGGACGAUACCAUUAUGAACCUCACUCUAUCCACGCUAUCCACGGGCCUCCUCCUCUGAGCGGCAGCCCUGUCAUCUCCGACAUCUCCCUCAUCCGCCUGUCUCCGCACCCUGCCGGGCCUGGCGAGUCGCCCUUCAGCCCCCCUCACCCCUACGUGGCACCCCACAUGGAGCACUACCUCCGCUCUGUGCACAGCAGCCCCACGCUCUCCGUCAUCUCUGCUGCCAGGGGCCUCAGUCCUGCCGACGUGGCUCAUGAGCACCUGAAAGAACGAGGCCUCUUCGGGCUGCCCCCGCCACCACCGGGAGCCAACCCUGCUGACUACUACCACCAAAUGACGCUGAUGGCCGGCCACCCAAACCCCUAUGGGGACCUCCUCAUGCAGGGCGGGGGAGCAGCCAGCACAGCCCACCUCCACGAUUACCUCAGCCCUGUUGAUGUGUCCCGGUUUUCGAGCCCACGGGUGACUCCAAGAUUAAGCCGGAAACGAGCCCUGUCUAUCUCCCCGCUCUCUGAUGCCAGCAUUGAUCUCCAGACAAUGAUCAGGACCUCCCCAAACUCUCUUGUGGCAUAUAUCAACAACUCCAGAAGCAGUUCAGCAGCGAGUGGCUCCUACGGCCAUUUAUCUGCCGGGACAAUCAGUCCAGCAUUCAGCUUCCCCCACCCGCUUAACCCUGUGACAUACCAGCAGAUCCUGACCCAGCAAAGAGGCCUGAGCUCAGCCUUUGGACACACUCCUCCCCUGGUCCAGCCAUCCCCAACCUUCCCCACAAGGCAGCACAUGGCAGUCAUCUCUGUGAACCCAUCACCAGCACAGAGCAGCAGCAACAGCAACUGCGUCUCCGACUCCAGCCAGAGCAAGCAGAGCAGUGAGUCGGCCGUGAGCAGCACCGUCAAUCCAGUAAUUAACAAACGCAGCAAAGUCAAGACUGAAGUCGAGGGCUUGCCCCCAGUGUCCCCAAACACACAGGAGCAUCUGACAGACCUGAAAGAAGAUCUUGAUAAGGAUGAAUGUAAACAGGAGCCUGAGGUUAUUUAUGAGACUAACUGCCACUGGGAAGGGUGCACAAAGGAAUAUGACACUCAGGAGCAGCUCGUCCAUCACAUCAACAACGAUCACAUCCAUGGGGAGAAGAAGGAGUUUGUCUGCCGCUGGCAGGACUGCACACGGGAGCAGAAGCCCUUCAAGGCCCAGUAUAUGUUGGUGGUGCACAUGCGAAGGCACACGGGAGAGAAGCCACACAAGUGCACGUUUGAGGGUUGUUCCAAAGCCUAUUCCCGCCUGGAGAACUUAAAGACACACCUGAGGUCCCACACUGGAGAAAAACCUUAUGUCUGUGAGCACGAAGGCUGCAAUAAAGCCUUUUCCAAUGCCUCGGACAGAGCCAAGCACCAGAACAGGACACAUUCCAAUGAGAAACCCUAUGUCUGUAAAAUCCCUGGCUGCACGAAGCGGUACACGGACCCCAGUUCCCUCAGAAAACACGUCAAGACGGUGCACGGGCCUGAUGCUCACGUCACAAAGAAGCAGCGCAAUGACGUUCACCCGAGGCCACCGCCACUCAAGGAGAAUGGGGACAACGAGGCAAGUGCCAAGCAGAGCAGCAAGGUGUCAGAGGAGAGCCCCGAGGCCAACAGCACCACAAGGAGCAUGGAGGAUUGCUUACAAGUCAAAACGAUAAAAACAGAGAAUUCUGUGAUGUGUCAGUCCAGUCCUGGUGGCCAGUCGUCAUGCAGCAGUGAGCCAUCACCCCUUGGCAGCACCAACAACAAUGACAGUGGAGUAGAAAUGAACAUGCACAGCGGGGGAAGUCUGGGAGAUCUGACAGCGUUGGAUGACAACGCUCCUGUCGUGGACUCAACAGUCUCAUCUGGUAACUCGGCAGUCAGCCUGCAGCUAAGGAAACACAUGACGACGAUGCAACGACUUGAACAGCUCAAGAAGGAGAAACUCAAGACAGUUAAGGAUUCCUGCUCAUGGGUGAGCCCAGCUCCACAAGCCAGAAACACCAAGCUGCCUCCCAUCUCAGGAAAUGGCUCUGUUCUAGAAAAUAGUGGUGGUUCUUCAGCUAUGCUGCCUAACCCCAGAAUAAUGGAGCUGUCUGUCAACGAGGUUACAAUGCUGAACCAACUCAAUGAGCGCCGUGACAGUACAACAAGCACCGUCAGCUCUGCCUACACCGUCAGCCGCAGAUCCUCAGGGAUCUCCCCGUACUUCUCCAGCCGCCGUUCCAGCGAGGCUUCGCAUCUCGGGCACCGCCCCAACAACACCAGCUCAGCUGACUCCUAUGACCCGAUUUCCACAGAUGCCUCUCGCCGGUCGAGCGAGGCGAGCCAGUGCAGCGGGAUGCCGGGCCUGCUGAACCUCACACCAGCUCAGCACUACAGGCUGAAAGCCAAGUACGCUGCUGCCACAGGGGGCCCUCCUCCGACUCCCCUGCCAAACAUGGAGAGGAUGACCCUGAAGAACAGGAUCUCACUGAUGGAUGGACCAGACCCCACCUUGCCCUCCAUCCGCCUCCCACCAGGCCCCAGGCGUUGCAGCGAUGGUAACACCUAUGGCUACACAUCAGCUCCAGCCUUUCCCCAUGAGGUGCAGGGCAACUGCACAAGACGGGCAAGUGACCCUGUGAGGAGACCUCCUGGAGACCCCCAGGCUCUCCCACGAGUUCACCGCUUCAACAGCACCAACAGUGUGAACCCCUUCCAUCCUCCACACCCCACAGACAGGAGGAAUUUUGGUCUCCAGAGUUAUGGGCGCUCAGAUGGGAGCCUGCCCCGGCACUCCUACUCACCCCGGCCUCUGAGCAUCAGUGAAAACAUCGCCAUGGAAGCCAUGUCCGGGGAGACAGAUGUGCCCAUUGGAGAUGAUGACAUUAUGCUGCCAGAUGAUGUGGUACAGUACAUCAAAUCCCAGAACAAUGGGACAGUGGCCGAGAGCACUUCCAUGGGGUACAGCAAUGAGAUGCAGAACUUCCAAGGAAGUGGGAAGCUGCAGCCUCCAGCCUUGCCCAGCCAGCGCAGAAUGGCAGUGGCUGAAGCAAGCAUGAGCCACUUGGGACCCAUGAUGGCAGAGUGUUCCAUGAGUUUUGAUACUUCUUCAGACAUGAAUAAAAAUAACAUGCCUGUGCAGUGGAACGAAGUCAGCUCGGGCACAGUUGAUAUCAUGUCCAAUCAGUCGAAGCAGCAGUUUUCACAAGGGAACUUAGCGGUGGUCCAGCAGAAGCAGAACUUUGGUCAGUACCAGAACUACAGCCAGCAGCAGAUGCAGCUGCCAGACAACAGCAUGAAUGCAACACAGCAGAGCUUUAUGCAGAGAAACAUGGGCAUGGAUGGGCAGAGGCUAAACUGCAUGCAGCUGCGGCAGCAGCACAUGAGCCUAGCUCCCAGCAUGAACCCUGAUAUGGGCAUGCACACAGGGUAUAACCAAGCACAUCAGAUGCUGAGCCCCAGUGCAGUCAGUGGCAACCCAAAUCAGAUCUCUCCUAAUUGCAGCAACAUGGCAGCAAAGUCUGGACCCCACCUUCACCCUCAGCAAAUGGACAUGGCAGCCAACCCUUCUUUGAUGGUCAGGAGCAACAGUGAGCGCACAGCGCUGGGACAGGUCAUGCACGAACCGAGUCAGCAGAACUACUCAUCUCAGCCAAGCCACCUGAGCUUCCCUGUGGCUCAGGAGACCUUUCCUCAGCCCAUCAUGACCUCCAAUCAGCCCAGUUUUGAGCCUCAGCAGAGCGUGGUGGGUUCAGCUGCGCAGGCAUAUCCACCCGGCAUGAUCCAGCCUCAUCCUCCACCGGAGCCAAACCCGGGCAGCAGACCCCGAGGGGUCCGCACUGCCCAGCAGCUGGGCUACAUGAGAACUCCCCAUCCUGUGAACACCAUCAGCCCUGGCCAGGAGACAGCGGAGGCCAUGCACAAAAGAACCAGCGACAUGUUGCUGGCACCAGCCCAGCAGUGCGCGGACGGCACGAGGGACAACAACUUGAUGUACUAUUACGGCCAAAUCCACAUGUACGAACAGAACAACGGCUUCGAUAACCACGCGGACUGUCGGGUCAGGCAGCAGCAGUGCGCACAAAACAGCAAGCCAGCCACUCUGCCUUCCCCCGGAACAAACCAGGUGUCCAGCACAGUGGACUCUCAAGGUCUUGAGCCGCCCCAGAUAGAUUUUGAUGCCAUCAUGGAUGAUGGGGACCAUUCAAGCCUGAUGUCAGGAACCCUGAGCCCCAGCAUCCUGCAGAACCUCUCCCAGAACUCCUCUCGCCUGACGACUCCACGAAACUCUCUGACACUGCCCACCAUACCUGCGGGGAUAAGCAAUAUGGCAAUAGGUGAUAUGAGCUCCAUGCUAACCACGCUGGCGGAAGAGAGUAAAUUUCUGAACAUGAUGUCGUAACGGUAAAGCACAAGGCCUUGGUGCUACCCAAGGAGCUCUGCGCGAAGCAGUUGUAUGAAUGUGCUUUUAAAAAUAUUCUGUUUCAAUAGAGUAGGGUUUUUUAUAAGUGUUAAAUACAUUAAAGGAUUUCAAAAUGAAAAUUUUAAAAAGUCUGUGUACAGAAUUAUGUAAACUAUAUGCAGGUACCACAAGGGUGCACCUCUCGUAUUAUUUUUUUGGCUUAGUUUCCCGGAGCACUGAACGAUAUCACCACCAAGCUAGGAGACAGCAUGAGGGUGGUAAGAGAUGAAACCCUCCCUUCUGGGAAGCCCUGUAAAUAGCCCUCCCCAUCAUUUUUCUGUUAUUUACAUUUACAAAAAAAUUCCGUUUUCAACCCGCCCCAGAAAGAAAUGGGAGGAUGUGUUUUUGGUUAGAAUAAAAGCCAUACUAUGUAUUCUGCUCUGAUGAGAGUAGGGUUUAGUUACGUCUCCAAACAAGCCCUCUGCCAGCAGUAUUGUUUUAUACCUUAAAUACCUUUGUACCUUGCAAAGAGCAACGUUUCCAAAUGGCUUCUCAGCAAAGUGCCUUACCAUGCUUUCUUGUUAAGUAGCCAAGGCCUCGCUUCCUUUAAAAAUCAAAUAUAGUGUAUUGUCAGAAGCAUAUAUAAAAUGUACAUUUAUAAAAACAUAGUGGUGUUUCUGAGAAAACAUUGGAAAGACACAUUGAUGAGACACAUAAAAGGUGAAUGCACACUUUGAUCAGAUGUGUUUACAACGUGGUUUAUAUCAUGUGCAGAGUGGAGCAGAGGUCUGGGAACAGCAAUCACUGGGAAAUAAUCCCCCGUGGCAGGAAGGCUCUGGCAUGCAGACUGACACACAUGCAUAACUUUGCACCUUCUGAACACAGUGACUUUCUGCGAGUGCCCCACAUGCAUCUUUAAUGUCAGAGUGCUGGAGCACACUGAGCAAUGGAGAGACUUUUACUUUUGUUCCAGCCCAGUGUGCACUGUGGCAGCACGGGAGGAGCAGGUUAAUCUGCCAGGGUUUGUCUGUGUGAUGUGCUCAAUGCAGAGUUCUGCCCGGGCUCUGUGUGCGCAACAGGUGCCUUGCUGCACUGAUAUGAGGCCAAGCAUAAGCCAAAACACCCUGCCCCACAAGCAGGCUUGUUGGCAUGCACCCAGUGCUAGCUUAACAUGCCCCACAGCAUGAAAAAAACUGCUGUAUCCAAAAAAUAUACCGCGAUCAGCCUGAGUUGUUCAUUUGACUAGCAGACUGCGCCUGCAGCCUGCAGCACCUGCACUAGCAGACUGCACCUGCUUCACUAAACGUGUGUAUAGUCUCAAAACAGGUAUUUGAGUCAGAAUAGCUUGGUAGCUUGGUCAGUGAGAAUCUCUUGGAGCCAUCAUUGGGGAAGAGAUGGGAGGAGCAGGGCCUCCUGAAAUCAAAUUCUCCACCAGAAUAUAACUACUCAUAAUAGUGAUCAGCUGUUUCCAGGACAGUCCCACCUGCCAGUAAUUUGAUCUUUGUUGCAUUAUUUAUUUUUUGAUCUUUAAUCUUUGUUGCAUUAUUUACAAAAGGGUAGAAGCAGUGGGGUGCAUGCACUUGGGAGGAGGCCUUGCUUAAAUUCAGACUGCGUUGGACAAGGACAGCUCCUCUCAUCCUGCUCUCAUAGCCUCAAAUACUUUGUACCCCAUACGUUGAAGGGCAGGGAAGAAGUGUGACAUCCCCCCCAGGUUUUUACAGCUGGACUGAGUAAGCAUCUGUAGAGCUUCACUCUUUCCUUCCCAUCUCCCUGUCAUAUCAGUGUCGUGUUCUCAUUUGCACCUGACUCUGUCCCCUGCACAGGACCAGGACAGCUCUAUAAAGGUGUUUUCUGGUGUCUUUGCUUUCCUUUUGCACAAACUGAUCUCAGGAUCACUCUUCCAGUAUCACCAGAGGCUGACAUGAAAAUGCCACGUGCUACCUCCAGGCAAACUCUGUGAUAUCAGGUAGGCAGGAGCUGUGCCUGGCAGUGGUGGAUUGGGAGAGCUUUGCUGCCAGGUAUCCCUAGGUACAACUGGUGCAGGGAGGUGCUGCUCAUCAUCCUGCAGUCUCAUCAUCCUCAUCCCAGUGGCAGAGGGUACACACAGGGUGCUCUCAGCCCUGCCCUUCACCCCUCCGUGAUUCCUGCUGAUGUCCAGGGUGCAUGAGGACAGGGGAGCAAAGCAAGGUGCCUGGCUGUUUAUUUGUGUCUCCUGUGAAAGUUGUGUUUAAAGGGAUUGUUUUAUAGUCUACUGUAUAUAUUCUCCUGCAGUUACUGACCUUGCCCUUGCCUUCGCAUUUAUGAAAAGAGGGCAGUACAUGUUUUUAGGACAUUGUAUGUUGUCCUGGAUGCUUGGAGCACAACUGGGCAUUCGUUAUGCUGAGAUGGAUCAGGCUUUCACGUGUCCUUUGAUUGCUAAUGACUUUUUUUAACAGCUGCAUAGGGCAGCAAUGGCUCCUGAGUCCCUCCUCACAGAUAUCUCAUUCGCAAAAGUUCAAAUACAGAAGCAAAACCAAAUCUCCAAUGACUUGAGAUUUUUUGGACUUUCCAGUGGUGGUCUUCCUUCAUUUACUGAAAAAGUAUUAUAAUAAUCUUUCCAGCACUGUAUAUAUUAUGUAUAGAAGACAUCAUUACUAAAAAUACUGUAGGUGAACUGUUCUGUCAAAUUUAUAUCCUAAGAACAUUUUUAGCUGUUUUCUACAUCAUAAGAAUGGAGGUAACAUGCUGAACCUGUAUAUAAACCUUUUGUACAUUAAAAAGUAAUU